AUGGGUUCGACAUCGAGAAAGAAGUAUGCUCUGGUGGGGACAGGGGGGCGCUCAAGUUUCUUCUACUCCUCCAUCGCAUCAGACUUCCAGAAUACAUCCGAACUGGUUGCUUUCUGCGAUGUUAACCAGACGAGGAUGGACUAUGCCAACGCGAAGAUACAGGCUCUGGGUCAUCCUGCGGUCCCCACGUACCAAGCGCAUGAUUUCGACCGGAUGGUCGAGGAGACAAGGCCAAAUGAAGUGAUUGUCACCAGUAUUGACAGAACUCACAACAUAUACAUUGUGCGAGCCAUGGAGCUCGGUUGUGAUGUGGUUAGUGAAAAGCCCAUGACCAUUGAUGUACCCAGAUGUCGGGAAAUUCUCGAUGCGGUCGAACGGACAGGUCGAAAGCUUAGGGUGACGUUCAACUAUCGGUAUGCCGCGCACAAUACCAAAGUCUUUGAAUUAAUAUCGUCUGGUGCGAUCGGGACAGUCAAUGCGAUACAUUUUGAGUGGAUGUUGAACACAAGUCAUGGGGCUGACUAUUAUCGUCGGUGGCACCGCGACAAGAGGAAUGCAGGUGGUUUGCUGGUCCACAAAUCCACACAUCACUUUGACCUGGUGAAUUUCUGGCUUGGAAGUCGCCCAGAGACGGUUGUUGCUAUGGGUGACUUGAAGUUUUAUGGCCGAGAAAAUGCAGAGAAGAGAGGAGUGACCAAGUUCUAUACCAGAGCACAUGCAAGCGAAAAUGCCAAAGACGAUCCCUUUGCGUUGCAUAUGGAGAACAAUGCUCAGCUCAAGGCGAUGUAUCUUGACGCGGAGAAAGAGGACAGUUAUUAUCGGGACCAAAGUGUAUUUGGUGACGGCAUCAGCAUUGAGGAUACAAUGGGGGUCUUGGUCAAGUAUCGUUCAGGAGCCAUUUUGACCUACUCACUGACUAGCUACUCGCCUGUGGAGGGGUUCAGAGUAGCAUUUACCGGGACAAAGGGUCGAUUGGAACUCGAAGUCGUCGAAAGGUCGUACAUUAACUCAGGGGGCGAUCAAAGCCAGGAAGGUGCCCUUGAAACUCGUUCAAUUGUUUUGAGACCCAUGUUCGGAAAGCCUAGGGAAGUUGAUAUACCUGCCAGUGAGGGUGGUCAUGGUGGUGGGGAUCCUCGAUUGCUAAACGACAUUUUUGGUACGCCUGGCGAGGAUCCUUAUCAUCGUGCCGCUUCGCACGUUGAUGGUGCACUCUCGAUCUUGACAGGUAUUGCGGCUAAUCUGUCAAUCAACACUGGGCAGACAGUUCGGGUCGAUGACUUAAUGGACAUCCCAUAG